AUGCAUUCAGCAAAACAAGUUCACCCCGACGCCAUCGACGGCCGCACGUUCGACUUCAUCAUCUGCGGCGGCGGCACGUCGGGUUGUGUAAUCGCAUCGCGCCUGGCACGAAUCCCGAACAUAUCUGUGCUCCUGGUCGAGUCUGGCAGGGACUCUGGUCUUGCCCCGGACGUCCUGAUUCCGGGACACUAUGUCAAGCAGCUCCAGGAGGACAAAGCCGGCCUUUGGGAGCUCGAGACUGUUCCCCAGCGACACUUGAAUAAUAGACGCUUGCUAUUCCUCCGUGGGAAGCAGCUGGGAGGGAGUUCUGCGGUGAAUUAUAUGGCUCUUGCUCGAGGCCCGGCUGCAGACUACGACGAAUGGGCGAGGUUGACUGGUGACGAUGGGUGGAAAUGGGAGAAUGUGCUCCCCUUGAUGAAAGAACUCGAGGAUUUCGACCCGAAAUUACCACCGGGGGCUAGACAUUUCGCACAGCCUAAGGCUGCUGUCGGCUUCGGAGAGGAGUUAGUCCCGGGCGUGAAUACAUUCUUUCAGGCGUGUGUUGAGGCCGGAAUGCCCAUAUGUCCGGACAACAACUCUGGGGACCCCGUGGGAGUCGGACUGGCACAGUUCAAUGUUCGUCGGGGCGAAAGGAGUUAUGCUGCGAAUGCCUUCCUGGCCGACUCUGCUCGUGCUGGUUUGCAAAACCUGACAGUCCUGACUGAUACUGAAUGCGACAAGGUUUGCAGCAACGGCCGAAUCGCCACGGGAGUCGAUUUAUAUCACAAGGCAACUAAAAGAACAGUCCAUGUGAGAUGCCGCAAAGAGGUAGUGCUUUGCUCGGGAACGUUCGGGUCUCCUAAAAUAUUGAUGCUGUCAGGCAUUGGACCCAUCGACGUACUGCAGCAGCACGGCAUUCCUGCAGUUGUAGACUCGCCAGGAUGCGGUCGAAAUAUGCUCGACCACUCCAUUAUCACCUGCGAAUACAAGGUAGACGACAGCAUCCCAGCGCAUAACCAGAUAUUCCUCGACUCAGCGCUCUAUGACAAGGCUAAAGCCCAGUAUGCCGACAGUCGCACUGGACCAUUAGCCACGUACGGGUCCAGCGGCUCUGUGUCCUUCCCAAGGAUCCAGAGGUUGUUUGAAUCCAAAGAGUUUGCUGAUCUCGAUAGCCACACCCAGCAAUUCUUACUGGAACCCACCAGGCCCUCAGCAGAAAUCUGGCUAGGGUCUGGUCCGUCCUUUUACCCAACUAAUGACCCGUUCAAGAGUUACAUCACCCAUGAAAUGCUCAUCCAGAAUAACCUGUCCAAGGGCAGGGUGACCAUCCGCUCGCGAGAUCCACGCGAUCCUCCGCUGGUUGAUCCAAAUUUCCUCGCUCACCCAUUUGACAGGCGUAUCGCUAUUGAAACCGUCCGGGCUGCUUUGAAGGUGGCCAGCACGGAGGCGUACCGGGGAACAAUUGAGACUAUGGUGCAUGGCCCCAACAUCGACAUUGGAGCCACCAACCCAGACACAAUCACAGAUGAGGAGCUGCUGCACUUUAUUAAAAAUAACCUCGACCAAGGUUAUCACAGUAUGGCUACCUGCAAGAUGGGGAGACGUGGCGAUCCGACUACGGUUGUCGAGGAUGGAUUCUGUGUGAAGGGAAUGCGAAAUCUACGAGUGGCAGAUCUCAGCGUGUGUCCUAUCUUGACUUGCAAUCAUACGCAAAUCAAUGCUUACUUGAUAGGCUUACGCUGUGCGCAAGAGUUGGAGACGCAGUAUAAGGAGGCCCCAAAGCGGACUGGGAAAUUGUAG